AGGUCGUACUAAUCGGUUUUGCCAACAGCUACCCAAACUUGGCCACUUCUCUAGGGCCCCGGCCAAAGCCAGUGUCAGGCAUGAAUUGCUCCAAUCAUUCACGGAUUUGGGUCAUGGCUUUGGCCCUCAUUGUCCUUCCUGUCACUCAAGGCUUCAAAAUCCCGUUGGAGCAUUACUCUUGUCCUGAGGACGUGCCUCAUUGUCACGACAAUGACGUUGAGGGACGUAAUCCGUUCAUGACCAUGGAUAAUCGGCUACCACAAGAGUAUGACCCGCUUUUCUUGGGGGUGCUUCGCUCCUACGUGGACGCCCUGUUGGAACCCCUUGAGCAACGGGAUUCCCAGGAACUGCGCCCAAUUCAUCCGUCUUUGCCGGCAUUUUGUGGACGCGCCCCAUUGGGCCAUGCGUUGUCGGUUCAGCGCAUUGUGGGCGGGGAAGAGGCGAAAACCGGCCAGUUCCCUUGGCAAGCCCAACUUUUGGUGCGGAAGCCGCAAAAAAAUAACCGCCUAUACUUCCAAUGCGGGGCCACAUUAAUAUCAGACGAGCUUCUCAUUACUGCCUCACAUUGUAUCAAGGUUAUCGACGCCUCCUUGUACACGGUAAUAUUAGGCAAGCAUGGCUACGAUUCCGCACCCGCUUGUGAUGAGCAGCGUUUUGAGGUGCGAAAAAUUGUCGUGCACCCACAAUUCAACAAACGCACCUUGCUCAAUGAUAUCACAUUGCUUUGGAUUCGCACGCCAUGGAAUCAAACGGCGCGCUACACGGAGUACAUUCAGCCCGCCUGCCUACCUGAUGCCGAUGAUCGCGACUUAUACGAAGCCGGAAGUGUGGGCCAAGUGUCUGGUUGGGGUCUCAUGGACGAAUCCGACCGGACCUCGGCUGCUCACUUCCUGCAACACGUGGGUGUUCCCAUAACCACCCAUACUGUCUGCAGCAAAUCCUACCAACACCGGGUGGUUAUCAACGCGGAAAAGCAGUUCUGCGCUGGUAAUGAUAAAAAGCAAGAUGCGUGUGCAGGCGACAGUGGAGGGCCAUUUGUGCGCAUAGUUGGGGGUCGCAUUACAUUGGUGGGUGUGGUUAGUUUCGGCGUAGGGUGCGGUCGCCAAGAGUACCCAGGCGUCUAUGUCAAAGUGCAAGGUUUCCUGGGCUGGAUUAGAUCCGAAAUUCAGAAAGACUUGGAGGAACGGCAUCCAACUCUAUCCACGACCACUACCACAACCACUACCACAACCACUACCACAACCACUACCACAACCACUACCGCUAGAACAACGACUUUCACCACAACUACUACUACUACUACUACUACUGAUACCACUACCACUACCACCACAACAACCACGUCCCCACCGGACGAAGAAUCCGACGUGGAAGAAGUGGGUCCUAUCUGUGCCGGGGCGUUCAAGUACAUCGGCUGUGAAAUAGGUCAAAAGAUCCAAAUUGUGUCGGCUUUUUAUGGCCGCAAGGAUGCCAACACGUGCUCUGGGGGCUCAGCCCGUUCGUCAUUCCAGUCGUUUGCCGCUUACAAUUGCCAAUUGGAAAACGUGCGGUUCUACGUUGACAAACAAUGCAACGGCAAGACGGGAUGUUGGUUUUACCACGGCUUGUUCCGCGAAGAUCCCUGCCCUUAUCUCAGCAAGUACGCCAUCAUCUCGUUCCGGUGUGUAGAUCAAGCCACCGUCAUGUGAUACAAUUUUAGCCCUGUCCCUGACUCCUAUAAACCAUUUAUGAAGAGCGAAUAGAACUUUGUACUGUG